AUGCCUUCCACGACUGCAUUCGGUGCGCCUCGGCGUACAUCGACCUCGAGCGACUAUUCCGAGAUCCCUUCAUAUCCUAGUCCCAACACGGCGUCACCACCUCGGAGCCAUGCUCCCUCCUUGCGCUCAUUAGCUGAACGCAAGCCCGACGCGAAAAGAUCCUACCCCACAUUUCAUCCUAGCCCACGUCUCCUACAACCUCAGCGUCCCGACACGGCCAGCACCACCACUUCCUUUGUCUCAGCCGGCGCACGUACAUCGGCUCCGGCUUCCCAAACGAGCGCAUCCAGUUCUCGCCACACUUCGCCGAAAAAACCGUCUGCUCCCUCACGUAUCGGCAGGGACUUUGAAGCUUUGCUCGCCUCCGAUGAGACCUACGUGCUGAGAGAUCGCGCAAGAAUUGCACUCGACAACGAGAUUCCUCAAAAUACAAGCGUACAGCUGUUUCCGUCGAGAUCUCCAUCCAGCACCCAUCGUGUCAUUGUCGAGCGUCGACGUCAGCAAGCUUCAUCGUCCUCAUUGAGCACCGAUCUGGACGAGUUGGAUGAACAAGACACCGAACAGCUUGAUACCACGCCGCGGCCUCUGCACGUUGACGUCUUCCAGUCGCCUCAACGUAGGCAGCCUUCGCCGACUACCCCUGCCACACUUGCUAAACCCGCUUCCGCAUCGCGCGCCACCUCGGCCAAGACUUCGCACCCGCCUACUUCGCCCGACCGAAUCACCUCCCUUCGACGUCCUACCUCUGCCUCUUCAAACCCCUCUUCUCCCUCGUCCAAAUUUCAAACGGCUCCAAUGUCUGUAAUGCCAGGCUACCUUUCGCCUCCUGCGACCGGCUCCGCCAACACCACCCCACGAUCUCGCCCACGACUCGGUAGCAGCGUCGGACUCGAGCAAGAGAUCGACGAUACUAUGCCUGGUCCGAGUGACACAGAUUCAGUUGUGCCUAUGGUCUCAUUCCGUCAGCGCAUGAAGAAAACAAGCGGGUUCCUUCGCAAAUUCCGUAAGGACAACACGCCGGCACGUCGCGACAGAGAAGCCGCUGAAUCAACUCGGUCUGGUUCAGUGGGACAUGCCUAUUCGAUCGGCUCCAACCCAUCCUCCACCUCACUAGGUCGAAGCGGCAUCAGCGACACCAACAUCAGUCUCGCCGCCCUGAGGCGCAGGGAGAGCAAGGCUAGCAUAGGAAGCCUCGGCGGCGCUUCGAACACCGGAAGCAUCUCGAAAAGUCAGCAUUUCACCUCGACAGACGGCGUUGCGGUUCCAACCAUCCCGGAACGGUUCAUGCAGCCUUCCACCAGCUCAAACGCGCAAAACGACGUGGCUUUGGAAGCAGUCCAAGAGUCUCUGCCCCAGCGUGAUGUUGUCGCCCCGUCAGAGUCGCAACGGCUCGCGCCGCAGAUCAAAACUGGUCUUCGAGUUCCGUCGGCGCCAGCGACUAUGACCGAGUGGGACCCAGCCACCAAAUAUUCGCUGCCACAGCGGUCCAGCUCGCAGGGGCACGUGCACGAGCGUAACAAGUCGCUUGCGUCCAGCGAAUCGUCGGGAGUUAUCAGGCUGGCCGUUCAGCAGCUCUCGUCCCACAUGGACGAUGUAUGGAAGGCGACUCCCGCCCAAGAGGUGCAGAUACCCAACGCACGAGACGCACGAGACGCACCAUCGCCAAAGCGAUCAUGGGGCCCCUCACCUCAGCUCCCCGAUCUCGACAUCAACCACAGCAAGCAAAGAUCCGGUAACUUCAUGGAGGAGCCCGACCUCGUCUCAAGCAGUGAAAGCGGUGCAGUGCCAGCUGCAGCUUCCAAGAUGGAUCGCUCUGCCAGCGCAUCGUCUAAUUCCAACUUAUCGACACAGCUGAGUCGUGAGUCACGCAACAAGGAACAUGCUGGACUAGGCAUAAUCAGUCAGGUAUCCACUCCUGGUGAGCAGGUCUGGAACAAGUCUGGUGCCGCCCAAGACGGAACUGAAUCGGCUGGAUCACCGGUAAACGCAGCGAGCAACGACGAAUCGCGAGAACCCAUCACGCACCUUCCGCAGCUACUGCCGACAGAACGCUCGAAGCGUUCGAUCCAACCAAGUCCGCCACCUCCCACAGAUUCUCCUCGUAUGGCCACGUUGUCGCGCAGCAGUCGACCCAACUCGAUCGAUGCUUUCGCCGGAGACGCGCGACGCCGAACGACCGAUUCCGGUGCUAGCCUUGUCAGCAUCCGAACGUUUGAGACGGCUGCCGAGAGUGCCGGUCCAGGCAGUACAGAUGCCAAGGUCGCUUCGUUCGAUUUGCCUUCUGCUGACUCUGUGCAAACCGCAUCACCAAUGCUUUCGCGUGAUACUACUCGAUCUGCUACCAGCCCAUCCGUUGCAUCGCGUAAUAUAGCGCAGCAUGUGUCGCACACUACCAACGGCCAUGUUCAUCUUGAUGACGAGCGAGACGACAAGUCCGAAAUCGACGAGCAAGAGCAGAGCAUCCGCCUCGUCCCAAGACGUUCAAAUACGGAAGACAUCAAUCUGGCGUGCGACAGUGCGAUGACGAUCAUCACUGCACCCGAAUCACCGGUAUUGGACCGAUGGGCUGCAGUUGGCAAGACGUCGGAGCUGUCCGAACAGUCCUCGCUACAGACUGAGCGCGAUCGAAGUACAAGUCGUGGCGGUACGAACCCAGCGCUACUAUCAACUCGGUCAGUGCACAGGAGUUCUUCACCUGUCUCGUCGCCCGGCUCGGCUAGGACGAGCUUUGACGCUGCGGUUGCGCAAAGUGUUGAUGGCGGAUCUGGAGUGUCUCCAACGAAAGCGGCGUCGGCGCUGGAGCUGGCGACCAAAUGCUGGAACGAAGAUCCUGGCUUCUUGAAGCGCGACAAGAUCGCCGAAUGGCUUGGUGGCUUGGGUUUGGUCAACCGUGCCGCGAGGAGCUACUACUUUGCCAAUUUUGACUUUGCUGGCUUGCGCCUCGACAUGGCUUUCCGUCGAUUGUGCGAUAAGCUAUUCCUACGUGCUGAAACGCAGCAGAUCGAUCGCAUCUUGGCCGCUUUCUCGCAAAGGUACUUCGAGUGUAAUCCGGAUUCGGUGCUUGGGAGCGCUGACGUGGUGCACUCAGUGGUGUUCAGUAUUCUGCUGCUCAAUACCGAUCUUCACAUUGCCGACCUGCAAGAGAGGAUGACGCGACAGCAGUUUGUAAAGAACACGUUGGGCGCGAUCGCGGAAAGCAGAGGAGACGCAGCAGACGUGGAAGACGGAAGAAGCAGUUUUAGCGUCGCGCCUGGCGAGAUGACGCGCAGCACGGAUGCUGUACCACCACCGGCGGCUGCGCAGCGACGCAACAGCAUCAGCAGCUAUCUUGGUAGUCGUUCCAAGCACACUUCGAGCGCGACAAAUUUGGAGGCGUCGUCGGAUGCGCACCUGGACCAUUGGCGACCGGGGACGAGUAUGAGUGGAUCCAAGGGGAAAGAGGCCGAGGUCGAGUGGUUGCUGCGCGAGAUCUAUGCGGCGGUCAGGUCGGAGCGUAUCUUGCUGCCAAAUCCGGAAACCGGGUCAGAGACGGUGGCUGGUGGAAGGGUGUCUGCGAAUUUCAGUCCGAGUCUCGGUGGUGGUCGUCGCAAGUUGGGCAACGACCGGAUGACCGCCUUGAAACGAGGGUCUAUACGCGGUAUACAGGGGCUGCUGGGUGGGAUCGGAUCGACUCCGCUGGUGGAUGGGGCGCUCAGUCCGAAUCCUUCGAGAAGCUCGGUGGACUCGUGGGGACGAACUUCGCAGUCACUGGCUGACCGCGAUCGACUGCUUUCGCCGCUACCCAGCACUACACUCGGAUUCGUGAGCACGUUGACUCAGACGAUCAUCAAAGAGUCGAUGGAGGAGGAGAACACUACCGCAGCGGCGGCGACGACCAAAGAGGCGGCGUUGGACGAAGAAGACGAUGACGAUCAGUUGGCGCUCGCCGGACCACCUUGGGCCAAAGAAGGCUCGCUUACACGCAAGAUUUAUUGGGAGAGCACAGGCAAACGCGCAAAGGACAAGAACUGGACCGAAGUGUUUGUCGUGGUGUCUAAAGGAACGUUGUCUAUGUUUCGAUUCGAUCUCGGCGGGUCUUCGGCAGGCGCGGCGUGGAAAGGCGCAAAAUCUCGACCGUCGGCAACUGGCGCUGAGGCUGAUGCCGAGGCUGAUGCUGGUGGCGCUGCGUUCGGAGGCGGCAAUUGGUUGUCGUCUGCGACGUGUCUUGGGGAGAUUUCGCUGGCUCACUCAUUGGCGAAUGCAUUACCUCCACCUGGGUACAGCAAGAUGCGGCCGCAUGUGUUUGCACUCACGCUUCCAGGUGGAAAGAUGUUCUUUUUCCAGACUGGUCAUGAGGAACUCGUUAACGAAUGGGUGAGCACGUGCAAUUAUUGGGCGGCAAGACAGUCCAAGGAACCGCUACCGGGAGGAGUCAGCAACAUGGAGUAUGGCUGGAAUAAGGUGUUGCCGCUAGUAGAGGAUGUGGAUGAGCUCGAUGGGGAAGAUACGAAGAUCGGGACGGAUUCAAGGUCGACAUUUUCAGUGGCUGUAUCUGGAGCUGCAUCCUCGAAGCUGGACUACGCGAGUAAGGAGCGUAUAUUUAUCAACGAAUGGCACACGCCACAACUGCCGUCUGUCGCAUCGACGCUUUCGGAAGAUCGCCAACUGAUACGUCUGGAAAAACAAGUGGCGCAUAUCCAAGCCUCGCUAUCGGAGCACAACAAGCUUCGCCACCCAAUGCUAGCUCUGUAUGCACCCAAAUCUGCAAGCUACUCAAAAGCGCUCGCUAACUGGGAGAAAAAAAGCAACUGGCUCCUCCAGGAACUCGUCAAAUACCAAAGCUACCUCGAAUCGCUCAAACACAGCGCCGACCUAAAGGCCGAAAGAAGAGCCGCGCGAGAGGUAGACCAAAUGGUCAGAGACGGCGACGAAAUGCUCGCCCAGCUCCAGUUGAGUACUGCUUGA